ACGUGCCGCACCAUAAAAUCAGAAAUCUGUAGAAACAAUAACGUCAUCACUUCUUUUGAAACCGGACAAAGUUGCUGAUUACAUGCCACACCUUUUUAAAUCUCAUAGUAGUAAUUAUCUUCUCGUUCAAAGGAUUAGGCAGCUGAAUAUAUAAACACUACACAGUUGAGGAAACCAAGAUUCAAACAAUGAACCAAGCCAUUAGAUCAAUAAAAACACACAGCCCAUCCACUCUUAUAUUCUCAUCUUUUCCAAAUCCGUUAGGUCAAAGAACAUCGGUGGUCAGUUUCCGGAAGGUCAAUAAUACAUUUUGUAGCGCACCAGAUAGCCAACACAGCAUGGACAAGACUCAGACUCCGAAUGAAAAAACUGGGGAUGUGAUGUCCCAUUCAUUUGGAGAAGGAUACGCGACGAGGUCCGACGAAGAAGGGUUUGGUGGGAUUUAUGGAGGAAAUCAAUCAGUUACUGAGGAUGAAAACGAUAAGAAAAUUCAUGAGAACCACCCUGAUUAUGAUAAGACUCAAGGAAGUGAAGUGAAGGAGAAGGAAAAAGCAAGGCACCAGACUGAUGUUUCUGACUCUUAGAUUUUCAUAUAUAUUUGUCAUUUUGUUCUCAUGUCAUGGUUCUGCUAGUUUUGUAAUUAUUUGGUUCCUAAUGUAUUUUUAAUCCUAAUGGGAAGCAAUAAAAUUUAUUCUCUCAA